CCACUUCCGCUUUCCCACUUCCGUACACAAACGCGCCACUGAUGACGUGUGCAGUCCGCUGCCGUUAGCUGGCUAGCCAGCUAGCUUAGCCACCCGCGAGACGUGACGGCGUAGUAAAUAACGUGCCGACGCGAAAGGGACCCGGCGGGCAGGGGAGCGGCUCGACACAUCGCGCAGGAUGGAGACGCUUUACCACCAGACGAACAAGCAAAUCCAGGAGGUUCAGUCGUACAUGGGACACCUGGAGAAGACGGACCGGCAGUCAGUACACUUGUUGGAGAACGAGCUGCAGGCGAGAACCGACCAGAUCUUCAACCAGUUGGAGCGCCUGGAGAUCCUGGCCAGCAAGGAGCCACCGAACCGCCGCCAGAACGCCAAAUUGCGAGUGGACCAGCUCAAGUACGACGUCCAGCACCUUCGCACCGCCCUGCAGAACUUCCAGCACCGGCGCUACGCCAGAGAGGCGCAGGACCGAGAGAGGGAGGAGCUCAUGAGCCGGACAUUCACGACCAACGACGCAGAUACCUCCAUCCCCAUAGACGAGACCCUACAGUUUAACUCCAAGCUGGAGAACGCACACCGGGGCAUGGACGACCUCCUGGGCAGCGGCAGUGGAAUCCUCAACGGCCUCAGGGAUCAGAGGUCGACCCUGAAGGGGACCCACAAGAAGAUGCUGGACGUGGCCAACAUGCUGGGGCUGUCCAACACGGUGAUGAGACUGAUCGAGAAGCGGGCCACCCAGGACAAGCUGAUCAUGGUCGGGGGCAUGCUGCUCACCUGCGUCUGCUUGUUCCUGGUCAUCAGAUACCUGGGCUGACUGCGGCGCGACGUCCCUCUUGAUAUGAAAAGUGGCAGAAAGGGAUUUCUUAAUUUUUUAACAUCAGAUUUGAAUCUGUUGUCCACCAUUUAAAUUAUUUUGGGCACAUUUUUGUGCAAUGGAAAAGGUUGACGAAGACCUUAAUAAGUCAGUAUUUUAUUCCACUUAAAGCUCCACUAGAGCUGUUGUACUUUGAUGAGCCGUCUGCUGCUUUCCUCACGUCACUGAAUCUGUUUCCUCCACUUAUGAACAGAAUUGUCUCUAAAGAAUCUUUUUUUUCCGCUUCAUGUUCAAGGACCUGAUCAGAAAGUGAAUGGAAGCAGCAGUCAAUUUAUAUGUAAUCGUUGCUCAGGUCUGGUCCCACUGUGGGAGUGACGUGAUUCUCUAAAUAAAAACAUGUUUCCAUCA